CUUUUUUACUCGAGGGUCCUUGUCAUGUAAUGGCGAUGCAGAGGAAGGAGAGAGGAGACCCCAUCUUCCUCUUUCCUCGUGCGUCCUUUUCUCCUCUCUCCCACGCAAACCAGAAAAACAUGGCUUUUUUUCUUUCCUUCUCUUCUCUGUCUUCCCACGUGCAGAUCUCUCUGUAGUUUAACCACUUCUCUCUGUGGCGAUCCUCUCUCUCCCUUUCUCUGUCUCUCUCUAUAUCUCUAUAUGUGGAGGGAGUGGCUGUUCCUUUUUGGAGAAAGGAGAAGAAAGGGGCAAGUCUACUCUUUUUAUAUGGUGAGAAGGCCUCCACUCCUUGGAGAAAGAAGAGAGAGAGCAAUUCUUCGGAAAGGAGAGGAAGUAGGAAAGGAAGGAGAGAAGGGGAUGGCUCUUGAAGCAGUCGGCUUCCCCCAUGACAUUUUCAACUAUGGGUGCAAGGAUCUGUACUCAUUGGCGGCCUCUUUCAAUGCAGAUUUCGGUGGAGCAGAGGACGAGACCUUCGGCUCUCUUUGCUUGAACAAGAAAGAAGAUCAGUUGAGCAUGAAUGCAUAUGUUGGUGGUGGGCAAUGGGAUCAUUCUCCUUCUUCUGUUGUUUGCAGUGAGAAUCUGCAGUCUCCUUCGGAGAAUUGCAAUUUUGUGGGCUGGCCUUCUACAGCAGGAGGCCAGCAGGAUGCAGCUGCCGAGAAUGUCGGAAGAAGAAAGAGGAGGAGAUCUAAGUGUUGCAAGAACAAGGAGGAGGUGGAAAACCAGAGGAUGACUCACAUUGCCGUGGAAAGAAAUCGUCGAAAGCAGAUGAAUGAAUAUCUCGCUGUACUGCGGUCUUUGAUGCCUCCAUCUUAUGUCCAAAGGGGAGACCAGGCAUCUAUAGUAGGGGGAGCAAUAAAUUUUGUGAAGGAACUCGAGCAACUCCUGCAGUCAUUGGAAGCACAUCGAAGGAUCAAGCAGCAUGUGGGGAGCACUCACUGUGGGGCUUCCUCUCCCUUCGGAGACCUGUUCACCUUCCCACAGUACAACUCCACCCUGCCUACUUCGAGCCGUUGCAGCGCCGGAAGCGAGGUCUGCUCGGUGCGGGAGAACAGCAGCAGCAGGCCGGGGGUUGCAGAUGUGGAGGUCACUCUGGUAGAGAGCCAUGCCAACCUCAAGGUACUGUCGAGAAGGCGACCCCGUCAGCUUCUGAAACUGGUAGCUGGCUUUCAAAGCCUGCAGCUCACGAUCCUUCAUCUCAAUGUGACCACCAUUGAAGAUAUGGUUCUCUACUCUAUCAGUGCCAAGGUGGAAGAAGACUGCCAAGUUGCAUCUGUAGAUGAAAUAGCGACAGCAGUGCGCCAAAUCAUGGGGAGGAUCCAUGCAGAGUCUGGUCUACCGUAAAGUGGGGCAACUUGGUUCUCUCUUUCUCUUUUUCUUCACAUAAAACGGAACCUAGAGGGCCCUCUUCACCAAAGAUGGCCAGCAUCUUCCUCUCUUUCUAUCAUACUAAAAUAACUUCUGCCACGGUGUGGUUUUUCCUGCAAAACGCCCCUGUACAAUUGCAUUUAAUACCAUAUUCCACUGUUGUACUGCAAAUUCUCCUGCUGCCAUCUGCUGCUCAUUUUGAGUGACAAAGGAUGAUGGAUGUGAAUGUGAAUGGAAUGGAGAUCAUGGCGUCUUCUGAGUUAUUCAAAUUUAAAGGCAUGAAUUUAUCUUGUGUACGAA